GAGCCGGACCGGGGCGGGGCCGCAGGAGCUGUAGGUGCUGCUGCUAGGUCGCGACAGGUGCGCGAGGCAGAGCGCCUGGGACCCGUGGCGGGGCUGGUAGCAGCGCGGAGGAGAGAGCGCUUUUAGCCGGGUAUUUCAGUAUCUGAGACAAGAUGGAAUCAACGCCAUUUAAUAGACGGCAAUGGACUUCACUAUCAUUGAGGGUAACGGCCAAAGAACUUUCUCUUGUCAACAAGAAUAAGUCAUCAGCUAUUGCAGAAAGAUUCUCCAAGUACCAGAAAGCAGCUGAGGAAGCAAACAUGGAAAAGAGGAGAAAUAACACUGAAAAUUUCCCCCAGCACUUGAGAAGGGGAAACCUGACUGUGUUAAAGAAGAAGUGGGAGAACCCAGUGCUGGGAGCAGAGUCUCCCACAGAGUCCCUGCGAAACAGCAGCGUUGAGGUCAGGCACGGAGGCAUCCGUCCUCCUGCUGAAGUGGCAAGCAACUCUGCCUCUGGGGCCGAAGCUGACCGAGAGGAGCGAGCCCGCCCCAGACCUAGACUCGGAUCACCUCCUGAAGCCGCUGUUCAGUAUCCGUAUCCCUGCAUCGAGGACAGUGAGCAUCUUGAAGACCACUCAACAGAAAGUAAAAAAAUGGAAAAUUGUCUAGGAGAAUCCAGGCAUGAAGUAGGAAAACCUGAAAUCAAUGAAAACACAGAAGCUGCAUACAAAAUUGAGAAAUAUAAUGUUCCGCUGAACAGGCUUAAGAUGAUGUUUGAGAAAGGUGAAUCAGCUCAAAAAUCAGCCCAGGUUCUUGGGGCCAAAAGCCGAAGUGCAGGUGCAAGGAGGAUCUCUGAAAACAGCUAUUCUCUGGAUGAUUUGGAAGUAGGUGCAGGUCAGUUGUCGUCUUCUGCAUUCAACUCGGAGAAAAACGAGAGCAGGCGAAAUCUGGAGUUCCCACGCCUGUCAGAAACCUCCAUAAAGGAUCGAAUGGCCAAGUACCAGGCAGCGGUGUCCAAACAAAGCAGUUCCACCAACUAUACAAAUGAGUUGAGAGCCAAUGGUGGUGAAAUCAAAACUCAUAAAUUGGAGCAAAAGGAGAAUGUGCCCCCAGGUCCUGAGGUCUGCAUCUCCCAUCAGGAUGGAGAAAAGGUUUCUGCAACUGAGAAUAGCCUGGCAGUCCAUCCCACCCCUGCUGAAGAUGACUCCCCAGGUAACUCCCAGGUUAAGAGGGAGGUGCAGCAGCCUGCCCAUCAUCCCAAGCCACUAAGUCCAGAUGCCAGAGCCUCCAGCCUUUCUGAAAGUUCUCCUCCUAAAGCAGUGAAGAAGUUUCAGGCACCUGCAAGAGAGACCUGCGUGGAAUGUCAGAAGACAGUCUACCCGAUGGAGCGUCUCUUGGCCAACCAGCAGGUGUUUCACAUCAGCUGCUUCCGUUGCUCCUAUUGCAACAACAAACUUAGUCUAGGAACAUAUGCAUCUUUACAUGGGAGAAUCUAUUGCAAGCCUCACUUCAAUCAACUCUUUAAAUCUAAAGGCAACUAUGAUGAAGGCUUUGGGCACAGACCACACAAGGAUCUGUGGGCAAGCAAAAAUGAAAAUGAAGAGACAUUGGAGAGACCAGCCCAGGUUCCAAAUGCAGGGGAGACCCCUCAGAACCCAGGGGUAGAAGAUGCCCCCAUUGCUAAGGUGGGUGUGCUGACUGCAAGUAUGGAAGCCAAGGCCUCCUCUCAGCCAGAGAAAGAAGACAAGCCGGCUGAAACCAAGAAGUUGAGGAUCGCCUGGCCACCCCCCACUGAACUUGGCAGUUCAGGAAGUGCCCUGGAGGAAGGGAUCAAGGUAUCCAAGCCCAAAUGGCCCCCUGAGGAUGAAGUCAGCAAGCCUGAAGCUCCUGAGGAUGUAGACCUGGAUCUGAAGAAGCUAAGACGAUCUUCUUCACUGAAGGAAAGAAGCCGCCCAUUCACUGUAGCAGCUUCAUUUCGAACCGCUUCGGUGAAGAGCCCCAAAACCUUGUCCCCACCUAUCAGGAAAGGCUGGAGCAUGUCAGAGCAGAGUGAGGAGUUUGGAGGAGGAAUAGCAGCAGAGAAGAAACAAGUGGAAGAUGCCAGUGCCUCCGAGAAGAAUGGGAGUGUGGGAAAAACAACCUGGCAAAAAAAGGAAUCUAAAGGAGGAGAGGCAGGGAGGAGAAGUAAGGAAGUUCAUGGUUUUGAGAUGGGGAGUGAGAAUCUCACAGAACAUGGUGCAAACUUAGAUGAAGAUGAUAGGAACCUUCUCAAACAGCAGUCUCCACUGGAACCCAAGUCUACAAAUUGGUCCAACUUUGCAGACAACACCUCCGCUAAAGAAUUCAAUACUCAGAAUCAGAAAUCCCAGGAUGCGGGAUUCUGGGAGGGAGAAGUAGUCGAAGAGCUGUCUGUGGAGGAACAGAUAAAGAGAAAUCGGUACUAUGAUGAGGAUGAGGAUGAGGAAUGACAAAUUACAAUGGUGCUGGGCCUUAAAUUUGUGUUAGUGUUAGUGAGCCACUGCCCUUUAUCAAAGUGAUGCACGUAAACAGAUAUCUAGGAUGAACUGUAAUUUAUGUGGAAGUAACUCUGGAAAAGAGUUCUUGCUUCAGAAAAAUCCCAUACUGCAGCUUAAGUGAACCAAUUCUAAAUGUUAGAGAUAACAUUACUUAAAUCCUCUAUUUUAGCAAUGAUGAUACGCAUAAGUGCUUUAAGGUCUUAUGGGAGGGAGAGAAUAUUCCAACUGAUAUAGUCCAAUUCCACUGUAUUCCCAAAAGGCAAUAUGAAAAUAGAUGGAUGAUUAGUAGUACCUCAUUACACUAAAAAUUCAACCAUGGAAUUAGGGGACAUACAGAAGGGAUGUAGGGGCCUAAAUGUUAUGACUGAACGCACUUUAGUAUAAAGGGCACAGUUUAUGUAUUUUUAAAUGAAUACCAAUUUAAUUGCUUAGUAUUCAUCUGUUAGAUCAAAUAUUUAGUCAUUUAAAAAAUUUUUUAGAUUAAUUUUCUUGCUCUGAUAUAUAUGGGGAAUUUAUCGCUUUGCAUCCUGCUUUCUAAAUCACAUCCUGAACUGGAUUAUUGAGCUAGAAUACAAUCAUCUUUUUGGAGUACCUUUUUGAUCAUCUUUGGUGCUUGGAGAGAUCACCUGUCUCACAAAUAAGCUAUAAUAUUUGCCAAUGAGUCUCACUACACCCCAAGUGAUUUCUUCUCUGGUGGUAUCUGUGCUUCUCAUAAUUUACUGAAAGCUGCAAUAUUUUUAUAAGAUCUUUUGUAUUGUUGUUUGCCAUGUUGCAUGUUAGAGCAAAGUGAGCCGUUUAAAGGAGGAAUAACAAAAAACCACCUUAAACCACUUGAGCUCAGAUCCCCAAACUCUGUAUUCCACUUCUGAUAGCCCCUUUCUGGGACACUAGUUUUUUAAUACUUUAUCAGCUCUGAAAUGUGUUGAUUUUUAUGGCAGACAGUUUUCCCAGGGUGCAAUUAAACCAAUUAUAGGCCUUUUGGGGGGGUUCGUUUUCUAGUAUUAAGGCUUUGGAACAUUAUAAACUUGAGUACAUUUGUUGUACAUAAUUGAUAUUUCAAAUUGUAUGUGGGGGAGAGAGGCGUUUUAAGCCACAGGCUUUUCUUUGUACUGCAUUUUUAGAAAUUUAGCUCUAAUAUUUUUUAGAGAUGUAAAAUAUUCUGCUUUCUUACAGCCUUGCUUAGUCUGAAACAUUUUUAUUCAAUAAAGCUUUUAAUUU